GGACCAACCUAAUGGCUGAAGGAAGAAGUCUGAACUAAGAUCUUUGACCAAAAGAUCUAUAGAAGUGAGCAGAAACUGCGUUCAUGCACUGUGCCUCCUGGAGAAAGAAGAUAGGAGGAGGAAAUUGAUACUGCAACUUGGAACCCCAACAUCAAUUAAUCUGCUACCAUGAAGAUUCAGCAUAUAGCUCUUCUUUUGCUUGGACUUGCAAGUGCAACAGUGGUGAAAUGCAACAUAGAAGGUGAUAUCCUCUAUUCUCAGAAGAAGGCAUGGAAGGAUCCUAACAAUGUCCUCCAGAGCUGGGAUCCAACCCUUGUCAAUCCAUGCACCUGGUUUCACAUCACCUGCAACAAUGAAAACUCUGUCAUACGAGUGGAUUUGGGUAAUGCAGGACUCUCUGGAGGUCUUAUUCCAGAGCUGGGAAGAUUGACACAGCUUCAAUACCUGGAGUUAUAUGCAAACAAUAUAUCUGGGCCCAUACCAGCUCAACUUGGGAAAUUAACAAAGUUGGUGAGCUUGGAUUUGUACCACAAUCAAUUGAGUGGGCCAAUCCCUUCUUCUCUUGCCAAUAUCAAGUCUCUGAAGUAUCUGAGGCUUAAUGGAAAUGGACUCUCUGGAAUAAUACCCAAAAAAGUGCUUGAUCUUGUCCUCACUGGCAACCUGACUGAAAUGAAUGUUUCAGAUAAUGAGCUGUUUGGGACAAUCAGAACAUCCAAGAAAAGGGUUACAACAAUUACUCAGGACGCGAAGAUUUCCAGCUAAGUUUGAAUUCAGUGCAGCUCAAGAAAUAUCAAAUUUGCUCAUGUUCUUCUUUAAGGCUGACUUCUUUUCAUGCCAAAGGUUGAAAUGUUUGUGGUGUAACUUUGCUUUAUAAUGACUAUAGUAUAAUAUAAGAGGAAAAACAAUCCAAUAAGUUGCAAGUGAAUCUGCAGAAUCUAGUGGUAAUGGCCCUAAUGGUGGAAAGCACCUUCAUGAAGCUUGUCCCUGGACUAACCACUAAAGCAUCUCCCAAUAGAGAUACUGUGAUCAACAAUGUUCUCCUUCUCUUAAAUAAUAUAACAAUGUUGCCAA